GUGAAGAAGGACCCGGGCCGGUACCUGCAGCCUUGCUCCGACUCGGUGAAGACAUGGCUGCACAGCAUGAAAACCGCCGGGAAGGUCCUCCUCCUCAUCACCAGCUCCCACAGCGACUACUGCCGGCUCAUCUGUGAACACAUAAUAGGGAAGGAUUUCGAGGAGCUGUUUGAUGUCAUCAUCACUAACGCCCUGAAGCCUGGCUUCUUCUCCCUGGUGCCCCACCAGAGACCUUUUAGGACCCUUGGAGACUUCAUGUUGGGAGGAAGUGAACAUGCCAUCUGGUGCCCAGUGAGUUUCCUGUUGCUCAUCAUGAAGAAAAUCCAGGAGCUAUUAGAUUGUUCCAGAUACUGCUCUGUGUCCAAUCCGGUGGAGCUCAGCCUGAGGUCGGACAUGUUCCCCGCCACUAGUUUUGGGAAGUGGGAGACGGUGAUGGUGGUGGAGGAGAUGGAGGGAGAAAGCGUCCCAAAAAGCAACGCCGCGAUGCUGAACGAGGCCCAAGUGGAGCCGCUGGAGAAAAGGGGAAAGUUUGAGUAUAAAAGACCUUUUAUAAAAGUCACUUUUUCCCUCGCCCUGCAGGUUGUGUAUUUCGGGGACAGCCUGAGGUCGGACAUGUUCCCCGCCACCAGCUUUGGGAAGUGGGAGACGGUGAUGGUGGUGGAGGAGAUGGAGGGAGAAAGCGUCCCAAAGAGCAACGCCGCGAUGCUGAACGAGGCCCAAGUGGAGCCGCUGGAGAAAAGGGGAAAGUUUGAGGAGCAGGGCAUGAAGUCGCCCUCGGCCGUGUCCAACCAGUGGGGCUCGUACUUUGUGGACGUGCACAAAAGCGGCGGAGGGGACGAGGAGCAGCAGAAGCUGACCUGGUGCUGCCACUGCAUCCACAAGUACAGCACCAUGGCCAUCCCCAGUGUGGAGCACAUAGCAGGUCUUCCUCUGGAUUACAAGUUUCCCAGGUUUUCCCCCGACAAGCCCUGCACCACCGGCUACUACCCCAGGCCCCCGGAGUCUUUGCUCAAGAGGUGUGAGAAUCUGUCUUAA